GGACUGUUACUCACGAUGAGUGGCGACGGUGGCGGGAGUCAGAGUGGCCGCCGGGACCAGUUUUUUUCACAGGGAGAGCGGAGAGAUAAAACGAAGAGAAACGAAACCAAGCAAAUCAGAGAAAUGGAAUACAGCAGGCACGGAGAGGAAUACAAAUCACACAAGCAAAGAAAAGGGAGAAGAAGGCACACGUCGUCCUUUCAGCGAAAGGAUGGACGAGAGAAAGAAGAAGGGAAGGAGAAGGAGAACGAGUCAGGAUCGGGAGCGCCUGAGACCGAUGACUCCUCGCCGUUUCCGACCAGACGCCCGGCUGGCGGCCGAGGAUCCCUAUCUUUGGUUUGAUAUGAGUCCUAGGGCACUCCGGAUGGGUUCAUGUUCUGCUAAUCCGGAUUAUCAUUAUUAUCAUUCCCAUUAGACUAUGUAUUACACAUGGUUCCAUCCCUCGACGUGGUUAUCGCUUUGACGAUUGUACAGUACCGUCCAUAGUUACGGGAUGCCUGGUAUCUCCGGCAUCUACGGAGUAUUCCUCAACCAUCCACCUAGGUAGAUAACUCUACAUGACGUACUAUCUGUAGACAUUUCUAAUUAAUUCAAUAUCAGAUAUACGGAGUAAAGAUAAACAUCAAUAUCAAACAACUACUCCGUCUGCCUGUAGGUACCUUAGGUCCUUAACGUCAGGCACGACCGAAGCCGGCCCAGAUCAGCCAACCAUCGGCGCUGCA